UCAUUCGUGAUUAAAAGAAAGGAAAAACUUGAAAUUACAGGGACCAAAUUGAAAAAGAAGAAUGAGACGAUAAGAAAGGGUUUAGGGUUUUGAAAUUGCAGGGUUUAAGCAACAAAUUAUCUAUCUGCGAGCUGAGCUGAUUGAUAAUGGGGAAAGGAGAUCUCUGGGACGAUUCAGCUCUCAUCAAUGCCUUCGACAACGCUGUUUCCACCUACAAGAAAAUGCAUCGCAAUGACAAAACCAAGAACAAAGAUUGCUCCGCUGAAGAAUCUGACGAUGUGGUCGGAGAAAAUGGCUCCAACGUCGAGGAUGAUGCUGAAGGGAAAAACAAUGUUCUAGCUACCAAUGUGCCUGAUUCAGGUGAAACUAGUUAUGUACCAAAAUUGGAAGAAAAUCAUGAUGCAGGGUCAAAUGUGGACCAGGCUAAUCCAGAUCCAACAAAUGGUCAAAUGCCAAGUGGGCAUGAUGGUUAUGCGUAUGAGCGAGGCGCUGAUGAGUAUAAUCAGUUAGUUGCGGAGUACUAUGAACUUGAGGAGAAAAGGUUGAAGAUUUUGGAGCAAAUCAAUCAAUAUGGUGGUUGGAAUUACCAAUAUGCGGAUCCUGCGGCUAGUUCUGGUGUACCGGAUGUACCGUACUCUAAUUCUCAAGAUUAUUCGAUGUCGGCAUACCAAGUUUCUGAUCUGAAUGUUGUAUGUUCUUGUUGCCCGUGUUUUAGUCAAUGUGGCUCGGCUCCUUGCACUUCAGUUCCUAGUUGUUCUGUGGGUGGAACAUGUGCUGGUAAACCUUGUGACAAUAAUUCUGUGGAAUUGGAUAAGAAAAUGUUGUUUCCUUGUGAAGAUGAGAAAAUCCGUAAAAUGGCUAUGGGAGCAGCAGAGAGGGUUCUAUCUGCUGUUAGAACAAACAUUUCGAGUGAUCUUAAUGUAAAUGAGGAGAAAGAGAGAAAGGAUUCUGAACUUGAACAGAUUGGUGGCUCAGAAACGGAUCUUACUGCUGUUCUGAAUGCUUGGUAUUCCGCUGGCUUCUAUACUGGAAAGUAUCUUGUUGAACAAUCUAUUGGAAAUAAAAGACAGGAAUAAACUCGGAAGAUUUUCAAGUGGAAGCAAAGCAGCAGUGUCCUCAUCUUGUCAAUAUACUAAAUAGUCAGGGUACUAAAUAUACAUUUUUACAUCAUUGCUAAAGCAAGAGAGUGCUCGUUUUGUGAUCGAAUUGGAAUUGCUGGCUAAAUGCUAGUUUUGUGAUCUCAUUGGAUUGCCGGCUAAUUACAAAUUUUGAUGUCUUGUUACAAGUUUUCUUAGCAAUAUUUUGUUUUGCAUUGUUAGGGAAUGUUUUUGAUCUCUGCUGCAGACAUGGAGAUAUGGGGCCAAGUUUGGUGUUGAAUGCUGUAGACCUUUAAAAUGCACAAAUCAUUGUAGUUGUUUUACA